CCGACAGCCCCGGGAGGCCCGCCCCGCCCCGCCCCGCCCCUCACUGCUGCCCGGCCCAAGGCCGCGGGGCUCGGGCAGAACUCCGCCGGCGCCCUCCUGCGCCCUCCGUGAGCCCGCUCGGGGUCCCCCGGGCCCUGGCCUGCAGGCCGCCGCUCGGUGUAUUUCUGCAUCUUGAAAGGAAGAUGAAGUAAAAAUAUUUGAAACAGAUGGAUCUUAGUUACUUUUUGUGAACUAAAGCGAUUCAAUGUCUCUUUUGGAUUGUUUCUGUACUUCACGAACGCAAGUUGAGUCGCUCAGGCCUGAGAAGCAGUCUGAAACCUGUGUUCAUCAGUGCUCGGUUGAUGAGCCCACCCUUUCCUGGUCACCUCGAUCUAGAGCCAGUGAGGUGAUAUGUGGCACCGAUGUUUCUAACUAUGAACUACAAGUGGAAAUAGGAAGAGGUUUUGACAACCUGACCUCUGUCCAUCUUGCGCGGCAUAUUCCUACAGGAACACUGGUAACUAUAAAAAUUACCAAUCUGGAAAACCUUUCAGAAGAGCGCCUGAAAGCUUUACAGAGAGCAGUGAUCCUAUCCCACUUUUUCCGGCACCCCAAUAUUACAACUUACUGGACAGUUUUCACUGUUGGCAGCUGGCUUUGGGUUAUUUCUCCAUUUAUGGCCUAUGGUUCAGCGAGCGAGCUCUUGAAGACGUACUUUCCUGAAGGAAUGAGCGAAACUCUAAUAAGAAAUAUUCUCUUCGGAGCAGUGCGAGGGCUGAACUAUCUACACCAAAAUGGCUGCAUUCAUAGGAGUUUUAAAGCCAGCCAUAUCCUCCUCUCUGGUGACGGCCUGGUGACCCUCUCUGGCCUGUCCCAUCUGCACAGUCUGGUUAAGCAUGGACAGAGGCAUAGGGCUGUGUUUGAGUUCCCACAGUUCAGCACAUCAGUGCAGCCGUGGCUGAGUCCAGAACUGCUGAGACAGGAUUUACACGGAUAUAAUGUGAAGUCGGAUAUUUAUAGCGUUGGGAUUACAGCAUGUGAAUUAGCCAGCGGGCAGGUACCUUUUCAGGACAUUCACAGAACUCAGAUGUUGCUACAGAAGCUGACAGGUCCUCCGUACAGCCCUGUGGACCUCAGUAUUUUCCCUCGGUCAGACUCCAGAAUGAAAACUUCCAGGUCAGGUGUAGACUCUGGGAUUGGGGAGAGCGUACUUGCCUCCAGCGGAACUCACACUGUCGUCAGUGACCGUCUGCACACACCGUCCUCAAAAACCUUCUCUCCUGCUUUUGUCAGCCUAGUGCAGCUCUGUCUGCAGCAAGAUCCUGAGAAGAGACCAUCUGCAAGCAGUUUAUUGUCUCAUGUAUUCUUCAAGCAGGCAAGGGAAGAAAGCCAGGACUCCAUUCUCUUGCAGUUGCCUCCUGCCUGUGACAAGCCAUCAGCUGCACUGCCACCGGUGUUUGGGGCAGAACCGGACUGUGAUUUUCCCAAGGUGCAAGGCCCAGCCUGGGAGUUCUAGGCCUGCCAUGUUUCGUGUCCUAUAUACUUGACACUUCCUCCUCGCUGCUUUUCCUCCUGUAUUUCUUGGUACAAAUACCAGAAUUAUACUUGAAAACACAGUUGGUACACUGGAGAAGCUGUUCUUUAAACCACUCUGUGCAGAGGCGUGGAUUCACCCCUCUGCUUAGACCAGUGUGCCUUACAACUCCAGGGAAUCGUCAGCAUUAGUAAUCUAGCUACAGAUAGUUGGUAUCAUCUCUUCUUGAACUUUUUCCAAGCUGUGACUACUUCUGUCGGCAUAAUUUCUGAGCCAGUUAACUUUUUGAUGUCCUGCUGUCUUGGAAUGAGUGAUCUUUCUGAGGGCAGUGCUCUAUGGGCAUCGUCGUCUUCCAGUCUCAGGCCUUCGUGACCAGCUGCUAUUAGACAAGUAGGCUUGUUGAUCCUGGCAUCAAACCUCUUUUUUGGAGAAAGGAAAUUGUUUAUAUUCCCGUUCUUCUUCUGUUAAUGUGGAUGGUGACAUCAAACUGAGCCUGAAAUGAUUCACUUGAAAUACACAGAGAAGAUACCAUUUGCUUUUUUUAAAGGAGGGCAAAACUUAGUAAUUUUUCUAUCUAUGUAAAUUAUCAAUCCCAAAUGCACAUGCCCCUGUAAGAGCUCAAUAAAGACCUACUGAAUGGGA